AUGAAGAUUGAAGUGGAUUCUUUUGGAGGGAAUAAGAUCUAUCCAGGCAAAGGAAAGAUUUAUGUAAGAGGAGACAAUAAAGUAUUUCGGUUCUUUUGCAGAAAGACAGGAUCGUUGUUUAUUCAACGGAAAAAUCCUAGGAAAAUUACAUGGACAAUUCUUUAUCGACGAAUGCAUAAAAAAGGUAUUACAGAGGAAGUAGCAAAAAAAAGAACACGACGUACUCUGAAAUUUCAGCGAGCCAUUGUAGGGGCAAGUCUUGAAGUGAUAAGGGAGAAGCAAAAUCAACGAGAAGAAGUCCGUAUGGAAGCAAGACGAAAGGCAAUAAAAGAUGGAAAAGAGAAAAAGCAAGCACAAGAGAAUUUGAAAAGAGCCAAUAAGGCCAAGCUUGCAAUAAAUGCUCGUGGAUCAGUUGUAUCGAAGGUUUCUAAACAACAAGCAAAAGGUGCUAGAUUAAAAAUUUUAUCUACAACCCGUUGAGAUUAUCUUUUUAUAAACUUAUAAAC